UACUGCAUGAUUAUUUUUUUUUUGUUCUUUCACAGACUUAUGGAUUCCAAAUGGAAAGCACAGGCACUGCCAUAAGAAAUGCAGACAGAGGAUUUCCACAGGAUGACGGUCGGAGAAGUUUUGUCCUGGACACUGAAUCUUUACAGAUUUACUCUGAAGCAACAUUCCAACAAAUGCCCUUAGAUAUUUCUCUGAAUACAGGGAAAUACAGGAGUCACAGUGUGCUGGUUAAAUGUCUUCACAAAGAGAGGAAUAAAAACCAGAUGAGAACAUUUCAUAAUGAACUAGAAAUCUUGACAUCUUUAUCAGAUGAGCAUCCCAACAUUUUCACUUUAUUUGGGCACUGUGAAGAUGAAAGGUGUGAAUACAGUGUCUUUGAGAGCUGUGAUCAAGGCGACCUGAAGCAGCAUCUGAAACAACUCCGAUACAGUAGUGACAAUCCACCAGAUGUUACCUUUAAACUCCAAGCCUCAGAACUCAUGUCAUAUGCAUCAGAUGUUUUAUCAGCAGUCAUUUUCUUGAAAGAAAAAAUGAUAAUCCACAGACUUGUAAUUCCUAUGAACAUUUACCUUUUUUCCCAUGGAAGGGCCAAGCUUGCCAACUUUAAUUUUGCCAUUAAUUCUACCUUAGAAUCUCAACCAGAACCCAUUCCCAGGAAAUACUACCCCUGGCUGGCAGUGGAAUCUAAAAGAAGAAAAAUUUAUUCAAAUGAGUCUGAAAUAUGGACAUUUGGGGUGCUGCUUCUAGAAAUUGCCAGCUUGGGAUACAGUUUUCCUGAGGAAGAAAAUGAGUUUUACCUCAUGCCUCCUAAAUCAUGUAUCAGAAAAUU